AUAAAGUGUCAGAACACACAUGCAUCUGUGCGUACUGUUUGACACUGGAUGACUUAAGUCCUGGGAGAAAAACGUGUUUCUUCGCAUUUUGGAAAUGGAGACAAUGAAAUCUUGAGGGUGUUUGUAGUCAGAGGGUCAGACCUUUUCCACGUUCCCGAUGCUGGCUCUGUUCAGGUGUCCAGCAGCUUUGAGGGGGAGGCUAUCCCUGCGUUGCUCUGUCCUCUCUCUGGGGAGCACUACCAAGAGCAGCCAGCCCUCCACCGCAGCCAGGCCCCCUUUUCUAAGAACCCAGACUGCUCUGUUUCACCAAAGUAAAGCCAAAGCCAGUCCUGACCCAAACAAGCCCGCUUCAGUGUUGUCCUCUUGGUCCGGGCUGGAGGGGGAACUGCUCGGGAUGGGGAUGUUGUCGUUAGGUCUUGGUGUUGUUGGAGCCGCGCUAGCUGGGGUCUUCCUGGCCAACACCGAUCUGUGUCUGCCUAAAGCUGCAAAGGCAUCGCUGGAGCACCUUGAAAAUGCCGACCUGCGCUCCACCAUAGAUGAUGACAAGGUCAUCAAAGCGAAGACCCUGUGGGACACGAAUGGGGCUGUGGUCAUGGCCGUGCGACGACCUGGAUGAUUUUUGUGCAGAGAGGAGGCCUCUGAGCUGUCCUCUCUGAAGCCCCAGCUGGAAGAGCUUGGAGUCUCUCUGGUCGCUGUGGUGAAGGAGAAUGUCGGCACAGAGAUCCAGAACUUCAGACCGCACUUCGCUGGGGACAUCUACGUAGAUGAACAGAAACACUUCUACGGCCCGCUGCAGAGGAAGAUGGGGGGUCUGGGGUUCAUUCGCCUCGGAGUGUGGCAGAACUUCAUACGGGCCUGGAGGUCCGGUUACCAGGGCAACAUGAAUGGCGAGGGCUUCAUCCUUGGGGGAGUGUUUGUCAUCGGACCGGGAGACCAGGGGAUUCUCCUGGAACACCGUGAGAAGGAGUUUGGCGAUAAGGUGGACGUCGCAGAUGUUUUAGAGUUUGCUAAACAAAUUGUGCCAGUCAAAUAAGUUUUUUUUCCCCCUUCUGAAACAAAUGCCGUUAGUCAAAGAGCAGGUACAAUGUACUUAGAUCAAAAUUAGAAUUAAGAAAUAAUAUUUAAAUGACACGUUUAGUUGCUGUCCAAGUGCAUCCAUCACUGAAAUACUGAUGUUAUAAUUGCAUUUAAUUCUGGUUGUGUUGUUUAAUAUCACAAUAUUGUCUUUUGCACAUUAAUUUACUGUUAGUUUACAUAGGUAGAACUGUGAAAUGUAGGACUGAGCUGAUAUUCCUUCAGGAUUUGUCAUCUUGUUUGUCAGACACCUAAAAGCUAAAUUUAUUUUGAGACGGGUAUUAAAAACAGGUAUUGCGCCACUUAAAGGGAGCAUUUUCAUUCAGGUACAUCAACCGAUAAGUUAACUUGAAAUCUUCCCUUCAGAGAACCACACAAGUCAAUCUAAAGGCUGGAUUACAUAUGUGAUUAAUUAUUCUAUCAACUCUUUCUGUUAGUGGUACAUUUAUUUUAUUUUUUUGUUUUAUCAUCUCUGUUUUGCUUCUCGUGGUCUGGCACCUAAAUGGGCCUCCAACAUGGCAGACGAGAAUGUGCGUGUGUUACAAUGACAACUUGACUCUAAACUCAACACUGAGAGGAGCAGGUUUGAUGCUUAAACACAGACAUGCUCGUGUGUUGAGGAGUAUUUGUGGUGCCUGAAGCAGGUGUUGCUUGCAAACGUGUGUGUGAGAGAUUGUGUGUGCAUGUGAAUAAUAGCUGCAGGGGAAAAGUGAUAAAUAAAGACCUCAUCACCACA